GUUAUUCAAUUCAUAUCAUUAUUGGACGUUUUUUAUUGUCCUUAUAACUAGCAUAAAGAACAGUAUAGUCCCAAGGUCACUUUGUCGUAAGUUUACAACAACAGAAGACGCCAGGAAAAAGAGCAUUCAUGCAAAGAGUCCUAUUUAAAGCGUCAUCAAUGUUUAUCCACUGACCCGAACUAUAACAUUAAGACAAUAUCGUAAUUCUGCAAAGAAACCGGGAAUUUCACUGAACAAUACAAGACUUGGACAACAUACACCGUACGUAAUGCUCUCCAAUACAAAUAAUAGCAAUAGAAUUUGGGAAAUAAUUCGCGGUCAGGAUCCAUGCAUGGUCCCGGUGUAUCAAGACGAUUCCGGGUUUCCAUCUACUCUGGUUAUAUCGAAGGAUGGGAAUUCGAGCUAUCUUCGAGCGAUUGUGUUCGGUACGGAUUCGUCUGUCACAAUGGAUAUAUUAGAAAUUCCAUCCGAUUGUGAUUUUUCCGACGUUUCCUAUGACCAGAAAGAACAUUAUACGUCUAGCCUAACUAAAAACAAAGUUUGUGAUUUACCCGAAGUCUUUACGAAUAAACAACCACCACCCCCAAAUCCUGUUGGUGUAAAUCGAAACGCGAUUUUUCCUGAGGAUCAUUCUCAAAUUGGAAACACAGUACACAGAGGGCUCAAUGGCACCACCGCACCGAAAAACAUGGCAAAUAUCUUUGAAGGCCCAACUCCCGCGGGCUAUGGACAAACUGGAAAAUCUCUGAUGCUCCGUCGGCUGCUAGAACGUGAAUCUAACUACGGUUUAGAAUACCAUCAGAAACCUUUACCACAACAAACAUUAACGCAUUCUAGGCCUCUAGUGAGCAUGCACACAGGCGUCUCAUCUAAAUACUUUUGUGACGAUAUUAAUCUUGCGAGACAAUGCAAUGGAAGUUCUUCCGUAGAUUGGAGAAUAUUAUCUACUGACAUUUCUAUGCGUAGUAAAAGCACAGGAGACGAAGAUAAAAUCAGUACAAUAAGCGAAGGUGCCAUAGGAUUGACAGCACACCAAAAAGAGUCCACUCGAAUGCGGCAAUCCAACUAUCGCCCACUAUCUCAUCAUGAACGUCAAAAUAGGUAUUUGGAAUGUUUGAAGACAAUAAAAAGGCGGCCAUAUAAACGGAAAUUAAAGCUAGUUACACAGGAACUGGCAACGCCUACACAAGUAACAGAAACAUCGACAACAUAAUUACUCCGAUAAAAUGUGUACAGAUGUAUUCCAAUGUUUCCAACAGUGUUUGAGUCUGCGUUCUAUGCUAUUCAGUUGUGGUACAUUAUUCUGUGGCGAAUACUCUUAAAAAGCCAAUAUAAUAAGAUUAACAUGAGAAAAAAUGUUUUCUUUUGUUCAAUUCAGUGAAUUAUUGGAGGAAUUACAUAAAGUUACAUAGUAGGCAUGUGCUUAUGAUGAGAUCUAGAUCUGCCGUGGUACGUUUACCAUAAUUUCUCCUUUCUUACUUCAAAGUCGAUCGGCAGUGACACGUAUAAUAAGAGCUCUUUUCUUUCUCACGUCCUGAGCCCAGUGACGUAUCUAGAAGUCUUAAAAUGGGGCUGCUGACUGGGGGCGCGAAGGUGAAGUGUGUGGGGGAGGGGGCCUCGAUGAUCAGUUGAUGGGCGCUAAUUCGCAAAAUAAGGUGAUUUUAGGUGAUUUUGAACUACUUGACCGUGAUUUUUUGGGGCGACUUGGGGAGACUUGACUACCACGGUGCGUCAACCGUCAAACCUCCUUCCUAUCAUGCAUCCUUCAAGAUGAAUUUUCAGGCUCCGGAAGAAAAAAAAACUUGUGGUAUGCCUAUUUGUAUAAAUGGUUUUUCUAAGACACAAACAUGGUGUUGACGAAAAACUCGGAAACGGUUAAUGAGAUACAGAGACUUAAAUAUGUAAAAACUGGGAGAAAAUGUGAGAAAAAGGGUGGUUACGCCAAUUUCUCCUAGUUUUUAAAUAAUCAAAAAUCUGGAGCUCAUUAACCGUUGUCAAGUUUUUCGUCAGACACGAUAUUUGUACGUGUCUCGGCUUUAUUGAAAAAAAUUGAAUUUAAUUGAAUAUAUGCUGAUCGGCAGUAAAUUGCCAGUAAAUAAACAUCACGAAUAACUAAUAUUACGUUAGUUGUAAUAUCAAUAAAUAGCUCUUUGUUUGGCGAGACUUUUUUUAACCUUGUCUCGUGGGUAAAGUAAAUAUUAUUUAGCAAAUAAUUUAGCCAAAAACAUCCAGACAACCAGAAGAG